AUAGCAUUGUGGUAUUACCGAGGAGUUUUGAAGGGCCGGAAGUUUGUCAUUUUAAGAAAGGACUUGUUUUGAAUAUCAAGAAGAAUGUUUGCUUUGGUACUGCUGGUAUUGGCUUCAGCAGCUGCAGCAGAUGAUGGGGUGUUUGACAUCAGAUACCCGAACGUCAUUAUAGCGGCCCAGGACGACGGCAAUGUGUCUCUACAGUCUGGCCGUACCACCGGCGAUUUGUACAUACUACCCGGACCGAACGGAGGCUCUGUAUACUUGGAUGACGUAGACCUCCUUCAUAUCAUACAGAUUGCUACAAGCCUCCCUCCCGUUUGGUCUCCUCAUGCCCAUGUUGGAUUUUUCGGCACCUUUAAAGGGGAAGAAAAAGUCGACUUGAAGUUAGAAGCGGAGGACCCUGAAGGCGGAACCUUGACGUUUGCACUCGUUGCUGGAAAUCUCCCACCAGGUUUUACGCUGAACGGUACUACCGGUCACGUGAUGGGCGUGGUUCCUGAUGUAACCACUAGCUACUCGUUCACCAUCCGGGCAAUCGAUAUGCAUAACCAAUUCGCUGAUGCAGUUUUCAAGAUGGAAACAUUAGAGUUUGAUCACUGUUCAUCCAACCCUUGUCUACACAACGGUCAAUGUACAGACACGACGGGAGGAUUCCUAUGUAACUGUACCACUACUUACGGCGGGGCUAAAUGUGAAUUCGCAUGUUCCAGUCACGCUGUCAGUAUACAUAGUCGAAGCACCAUACCUAAUGCCCAGAUGACCGCCUAUCUAACCUACAGUAGCUAUCUUGCCUCCAAUGGCCGAUACGGCGCUAGUAGCUACGGUUGGUGUGGCCAAGGUACCAAUUCAUGGCUGCAAGUCGACUUAGGAAAUAUAACCCGGAUCUACAAAGUGACACAACAAGGCUAUUCUAGUCCUCAGUACACAACGGGUUACACACUGUCCUACAGUACAGACGGAAACAACUUCCAGGAAGUUACCGACACCAAUGGUAACACACAUACGUUCCCGGCGUCAACAAGUACGCGUUCCAGCUAUCUACCAACACCAAUUGAUGCCAGGUUUGUUCGUUUCCAUCCCAAGACAUAUAGUUCAAGACCUUGCUUUAAAGUGGAACUGUACGGUUGUCGUGUGUAUGGUAUCUGAUUGAAUGUAAAUUGAAAUAAAAGUGGAUCAGCU